GCGACGAGGAGCGGGGCCAAGUCAGCAGCCCCGAUCUCUAGUAGCGGCGACGAUCGAACGCCACCGCCGUCCACGCGCGGGCGCCGCAACGCCGAGCUGUAGCCUGUAGGCCCGAGGCCCGUGGCCCCUCAGUCUCAGGCCGCCGCGGCAUCCCUGGAGGAGCGAGGGCCGUCGGCGGCGCGAGAGGGGAGCGGGAGCCAGCGGAUGCACGCGGAAACUCGUCGGGGGCUCACACGGGGCCAUGGUGGCGAAUCUGGCGAAGGUCACCGGCGGCAGCGCCACCUCGCUGGCGCCUGGCGGCCAUGCCGCCGGCCAAAAUGUUUACAGGUAAGCCCCUAAAUAGUUUCAAAUAGCCCCGAUCGCGACUAAUAAUUGCGAUCCGAUUAUUUUCAAAUACCCCCCUUAUUUGAAUCACGAUAAUAAUUGCGAUCCAAUUAUUUGCAAAUACCACCCUGAUUUGGAUCUCGAUUAUUGAUCGCGAUCCGAUUAUUUACAAAUUGAUCCCUGGUUUGGCGCUCUAUCUCCUAAUCGGCUCAUGCUCCGGCCCUUACGCCGACGCCCUCGCCGCCGUUCGUAGCAGCUCGGAGCGUGAAGAUCCAUCCCCACUCGAGCCCUAGGCGGCACGAGUCAGCUCUCCCGCAGCAAGACUGCAAGAGAAACCGCUCCAUUCGCCAUCGCCAGUCCCCACAUCCAACUAUCCAAGCCGAGGAAGAGUCACGUGCUUGAGCGCUCACGCCGCCGAGCAUGGCUGCGGGGCAAUCCUGAAGAGGCUUUGAAGAAUCUUGCUAAAAAGCUUUGUGCUCUGUCUGUAUCACCAUUCUGGGGAGCUUCAAGCUACAGACAUUCUCGACGCCUUUUGAGAUCAAACAAUGAAGAGUGCCCUUCGCGAAAUGAUUGGGAUGGCAUAACCAUGCACUCUGCCGCCCAUCUUUCUUCAAAAACCAUGGCCUUAGUCGUCGUCCUGUAUAUGAGUAUACAAUAUAAAUGAAGGCUGGAUGAGUUGAAUGUGCCAUGCUACUGGAAUGGUGACAGCUUUAACAAAUGAGAGUGCAACAAGCAAAUCAGUAUAUUUUGCUCAUUGCACAUCAGAGAUGAUAUUCAUUACUCACGUGCUAACAGAACAACCUGAGAAACUUGCUGGUCCUCUGCUGGCUAACACAUAUGUAAUUUUCCUAAAAGGUCACAGAGUAUGGUAUGGACAAAUGCUUGCCAAGGGAGAGUUGAGUCCUGACAUGGGUGAUAGUCUCAGGGGAAAGGGAAUGAUUCAGGGUAUCUCUGCCGUUGGUGCAUUUUUUGAGCUGCUUAGUCAACCCAGCUUAAGUGUGCAACAUCCAGAAGAAAACAAACGAGUUGCUCCUGCUGAACUAUACCCAAUCCUGAAGAGGCUGCAUAACUGGAGAAUUGACAGUGUGCUUGAGGAGGAGCUCCCAGCAAGAGACAUUCUCCAAGCCUUGAGGGAUGAAACGAUGAAAGAUCCUCGCGAAAGGAUUGAGAUGGUACAAAGCCACGCAUUCCGCCCAUCUCUCCUUGGAAAACCAUGAUCUUGUUAGUGUUUGUAUACUAGUAGAUAGAACAUAAAUGAAGGUGGGAUGAGAUCGAAUCCCCCAAGCUACCAAUUAUUCUUGGUCAAGCUUGGAGCAGGCCUGUGUUUGAGCUAUAGGGGCUCUGCAGUUGUGGAAUUCUUUGUCCUCCUUCAUUGCCAUGUUGUACAAGAGAUUACUGAAUCAAUAAACUUUAUGGUCGCCUGUUAUAUGAA